CAAAAGAGGGAGGAUGGAGGAGGGAGACGAUGAGAGGAAGCGGUGGUGGACGAGCUCGGUGAAAUUUGUUUUGUCUGCAUACAGACAGACCCGCUAGCAGCUAGCUACUCUAGAGAAAAAAAGCUUCUCUUUUUCUUUUCUUUUCUUUCAACCAACUGAUAAAGAACAGAACAGCAGCAGACUCUACAACAACAAAUAGGCGUUGUUUCAUUCAAUUAUCAUCUCCCCCUCUUUCUAUCUAUCUAUCUAUCCCAUUGUCAAGUCCUCUAUUCAUCGCCUUAUUGUCUUUCUAUAUGUUUAUUAUUAUGGAUCUGAGGAACUACAGCUGACUUCUUUUCUCCUUCAACUUCAAUCUUGGCCAAUUUCGCUCACCUUUUAAUUAAUGCUCAUUCACUCUUCACCUGGGUUUUGCGGGGGGGUUUUGUUUCUCUGAUAUAGUUAAAUAAUUCUGGUUGAUUAUUUGAGAAUUCAAAUUGGAUUUGUUCUUCUUUUUUGUUGAGAGAAAGAAAGAGAGGGAUUAAAAAGGUCGACGGUUCGGUCAAACUGAUCAGUUAUCUGGAUAGAUAGAUAGAUAGAUAGAUGGCAACUGGAGUAGAAUUUGACGAUGAAGGUGAUAACAAAGGCAGCAUGUGGGACUUGGAGCAGAAGAUUGACCAACCCAUGGAUGAAGAGGCCGGAAAGCUCAAGAACAUGUAUAGAGAAAAAAAAUUUUCAACACUUCUAUUGAUUAGACUCGCAUUUCAGAGUCUGGGAGUAGUGUAUGGAGACCUAGGCACAUCUCCUCUAUAUGUGUUCAACAACACUUUUCCUCACGGAAUCAAAGAUCCAGAGGAUGUCAUUGGAGCUCUGUCAUGUAUUAUAUACUCCCUUACACUUAUCCCUCUAAUCAAGUAUGUCUUUAUAGUGUGCAAGGCUAAUGACAAUGGUGAAGGUGGCACCUUUGCCCUUUACUCUCUGCUUUGCCGGCAUGCAAAAAUCAGAACGAUCCCUAACCAGCAUAGGACUGACGAGGAUCUGACAACAUAUAGCCGUACCACAUUCCAUGAGCACUCCUUUGCUGCAAAGACCAAGAGAUGGUUGGAGAGGCACACUUCUAGAAAGAAUGCCCUUCUCAUUCUUGUUCUAGUUGGAACUUGUAUGGUAAUUGGAGAUGGGAUUCUCACUCCCACAAUAUCUGUUCUUUCAGCUGCUGGUGGGAUUAAGAUAAACCACCCUCAGAUGAGCAAUGACAUAGUUGUGUUUGUUGCUCUUGUCAUUUUGGUGGGUUUAUUCAGCAUGCAGCAUUAUGGUACCGAUAGAGUCGGGUGGUUGUUUGCUCCAAUUGUGCUUUUGUGGUUCCUUUUAAUUGGGAGUAUUGGCAUCGUAAAUAUUUGGAAGUAUGACAGCAGCGUUUUGAAAGCCUUUUCACCAGUUUAUGUAUAUCGAUAUUUUAAAAGGGGGAGGAGAGACAGUUGGACCUCUCUUGGUGGAAUCAUGCUUAGUAUCACCGGGACAGAGGCUCUGUUUGCAGAUUUAGCCCAUUUUCCAGUCUCGGCCAUACAACUUGCUUUCACUGUUCUGGUGUUUCCAUGCCUUUUGUUAGCGUAUUCUGGACAAGCUGCUUACCUUAUGAAGCAUCAGGAUCAUGUUGUGGAUGCAUUCUACAAGUCAAUACCAGAAAGCAUAUACUGGCCGAUGUUUGUGGUGGCGACUUUAGCUGCUAUAGUGGCAAGCCAAGCGACGAUAUCUGCUACUUUCUCAAUAAUCAAACAGGCUCAUGCACUUGGUUGUUUCCCGAGAAUAAAAGUAGUUCAUACUUCGAAGAAAUUCCUCGGGCAGAUAUAUAUUCCAGAUAUUAACUGGAUCCUCAUGAUCCUAUGCAUUGCAGUGACUGCUGGAUUCAAACAUCAAAUCCAAAUUGCAAAUGCUUAUGGGACUGCUGUUGUAAUCGUGAUGUUGGUGACGACAUUGAUCAUGACAUUGAUCAUGUUACUUGUAUGGCACUGCCAUUGGAUCUUUGUGGUGAUCUUCACGGGGUUGUCUCUAGUGGUGGAGUGCACCUACUUUUCAGCUGUUCUGUUUAAGGUUGACCAGGGUGGCUGGGUUCCUCUGGUUAUUGCGGCCGCCUUUCUGAUCAUCAUGUAUGUGUGGCACUACAGCACCCUCAAACGAUACGAGUUCGAGAUGCACAGUAAGGUGUCGAUGGCUUGGAUUCUGGGGCUCGGGCCCAGUUUGGGUUUGGUUCGUGUACCUGGAGUUGGACUUGUUUACUCGGAGCUGACCGGUGGGGUGCCCCACAUUUUCUCACACUUGAUAACGAAUCUUCCCGCCAUUCAUUCCGUGGUGGUGUUUGUCUGCGUGAAGUAUCUACCGGUAUACACGGUCCCUGAGGAGGAGAGGUUUCUUGUAAAACGGAUAGGACCGAAGAAUUACCACAUGUUCAGGUGCGUGGCUAGGUACGGUUACAAGGACCUUCACAAGAAAGACGAGGAUUUUGAGAAGAAGCUAUUCGAUAACCUAUUCCUGUUUGUCCGGCUGGAGUCUAUGAUGGAAGGUUACUCGGACUCGGACGAGUACAGUUUGUACGGGCAGACGACUACGACAGAGAAACAGCAACAGACGACGUUCUCUUCGAUAGUGGACGUGACAGUUUCUUCGUCGUUGGACUCGAUUGUGGAGGUGAGUCGGUCUCCAUUGCAGGCGGGAAGCAGCACGAUAAGCAACCUGACGGAAGGGAGCGAGUUGGAGUUCUUGGCGAGUUGCAGGGAUGCGGGGGUGGUCCAUAUACUAGGGAACACGGUGGUGAGGGCGAGGAGAGAUUCAAUGUUCCUUAAGAAGAUAGCUAUCGAUUAUGUUUAUGCUUUCCUUCGUAAGAUAUGCAGGGAGAAUAGUGUCAUUUUCAAUGUUCCUCAUGAAAGUCUGUUGAACGUUGGCCAGAUCUUUUAUGUCUAAUUAAUUAAUUAU